AAUAAAUAAAUAAAUAAAACCCAGGUAGAAAGAAACGGUUCAAAUUUCAUGAAAAAAAAAGUGCAAGGUAUCACAAUUCUGUUCCAUAGGAAGACUGGAUCAUAGCUUACAGAUAAGCCUGGAGCCGGAUCAAAAGUUAAGUAUCAUGCGGCCGCCAUGGAUCAUCUGAACCCUGAAGCUUUCUGCCAGUCCACUCACUACCCACCUCCUGACCCGCAUGUCUCCUCCACUCGCUCACACCCAGACUCCAGCAAGAGGUCUGAGGGGGAAUUCAAGGAUUUUGUUACUGCAAGGAAGGUUCAGAAGGCUGAUAGGGAGAAAUUGAGGAGGGAUCGGUUGAAUGAGCAGUUUAUAGAGUUGGGAAAUGCAUUAGAUCCUGAUAGGCCCAAAAAUGAUAAAGCAACCAUUCUUUCUGAUACAAUUCAAUUGCUCAAGGACUUGACAGCUCAAGUUGAGAAACUGAAAGCUGAGAAUGCAUCACUAAAUGAAGAAUCCCGUGAGUUAACUCAGGAGAAGAAUGACCUCAGAGAAGAGAAGGCAUCCCUCAAAUCGGCUACUGAGAACCUUAAUGUUCAGUAUCAGCAGAGACUCAGAGCUAUGUUCCCAUGGUCUGCCAUUGAUCCCUCAGUUGUUGUAAGUCCACCUUCUUACCCGUUUCCAGUGCCAGUCCCAGUGCCUAUCCCUACAGGUUCAAUUCCCAUGCAUCCAUCUAUGCAGCCAUACCCUUUCUUUGGAAGUCAGAACACUGGGAUCAUUCCUAACCCCUGUUCGACUUUUGUUCCAUACUUUACUCCAAAUACCCUGAUUGAACCACAGUCAACACAACAUGUAUCUCCACCUAUGCAACCAGGCAGUACGUCCAACAUUUCAAGCAAACAGGAUUCCAAGAAUGAGUCACCAGGGGAGAGCAAGAGUGAAAAAGGUGAAGAUUCUACUGAUGUUGCAACAGACCUACAGCUCAAGACACCUGGAUCUAAAUCUGAUCAGGAACUAUCAUCAGGGCAACACAAACCCAAGAGAUCUCUGAGUAAGGAAAAGAACAGUACAGAAGGGAGCUCUUCAAGUAGGUGUUCUUCGUCUCCGAGUGUACAGGAUAGCUCCUCAAAUAGUGUAGUUGGUGGCAGAAAGGCUGAUGACUGAGCAAGAAAAUAAUCGAAAAGAAAAAAAUCCAGCCUCUUUUCUCUUCUGUAUCUCCAUUAUUGAUUUUGCACAUUUUGUUUCCUGGAGUUGCUUUUCAGUUGCAUUAAUUUCUGAUAUACCUUCUAACCAAAUCACUCCUAAUAUAACUAAUAAGGAAUGAUUAUGGUUGGAUUUAGUCUUUAUUGUCUUCUUUUAGUAGGUCAGAAAGAAAAAUUCUUGGCUUGGGAUUUAAAUACAUGCGAGUCUAAGCUUGUUGGUAGA